AUUUUGUUACUUGGCAACAGAAGCAGCUGUCAUCUAGAUUUCGUGAGCUAAUAUUCUCUGAAAAACCACCAAAAUGCCUCAAAACGACAUAGAGAACAGAAUGAUGGAGCCUCCCCAGGUAUAUGUAGAAAGGACUCUUGCACUUAUAAAACCAGAUGCAAUCGACAGAGCGGUUGAAAUCGAGGAAAUUAUCCUGCAGUCGGGUUUCACUAUUUUGCAGAAACGUAGGGUGCACCUCACACCGGAACAGAUGAGUGAUUUCUACGCAGAACACUUUGGAAAGAUGUUCUUCCCGAGCCUUGUUGCUUACAUGAGCAGUGGCCCUAUCAUUGCCAUGGUCCUGGCCAGGGAGAAUGCAAUCGGCUACUGGAGAGAACUCUGUGGCCCAACCAAUAGCAUGAAAGCGAGAGAGACACAUCCUGAUAGCAUCCGUGCCAUGUAUGGGAUUGAUGAUCAACAGAAUGCUGUCCAUGGGAGUGAUGGCUAUCAUAAUUCAGAAAGAGAAAUCAGAUUCAUGUUCCCAGAUAGUGUAAUUGAGCCCAUUCCCGCUGGUCAAGUAGCUAAGGACUAUCUUGCUAAGGUGGUGAACCCAACUCUUCUUAAAGGACUCACAGAGCUCUGCAAACAGAAGCCAAAAGACCCAGUGAUCUGGUUAGCUGACUGGCUGCUGGUGAACAACCCCAACAAACCAACUAUCAAUGAGGGAUUCUCGGUUGAGGAGCCAUAAAAACUGCAUUCUCAAUAAUGAACUGAAUUUUCAUGAACAAUAUUAUUCUUGAUCUCAUCCAAGAGGAAAGCAUGUGGCAGGCACAUCUGAAAAGAGUCUGCCUUUUCAUCUAGAACGUCAGGGGAGGGAUUCACUUUGAACUCGAUCCUUACAAACAUUGAUUCCGUAACGGUGUUUUUACUGCAUGGAGGACAUACAGUUGAUGGGCGUGUCUAAAUCAAGUUUGGCUUUCGUCUAGAAGACAUGGAUGUAUUUUCAUUCUCACUUUUUGUUCUGACUGGCCCUCUCACAGUUCAUGUGCAUUUUUUGCUCACAGGAGAAUAUCAUAAAUCAAGUGCUCACAAAUACUAACACUUAUUAAUGCAACCAAACACCUCACUUGAAUAUCUAUGUGUACUGUCCAGUGUAUGAUCCAUUUAGAUAUGAAGGUGUUAUUUAUAUUGCGUAUAUUUGAUAUGCCUUCUGUAACUUAUCUUUGUAAGCACUUUUCAUUCUUGCUGGAAAGGAAAUUGGAAAUAACUUAAAAAUAUCAGAGAAUCUAUGUGGAUGUGAAAGUUUAUUAUCAAAGGAAGUUUAUUUGUACAUAGAUUUUUAUAAACUUGACACAAUCUACAUGUAAAUUAUUUACCAUAGUCUCUUUUUUAUAUAUGUCUUUGUUUAUUUCAAAUUUGGUAUUGUCAUUAUUUAUUAUUUUUUAGUUGAUCUCUAUAUUUUAAAAGGAUUAUUUCAUGGUCAUUCACUUAUUAUAAUUUUUACCUCAAGUCACAUUUCCCCUAUGAUGGCUCUACAGUGAGUCGAAACGACCGUUUUAUUCAUUUUUUUCUACCAGCUACAUAUACGUGGCUUGAAUAAAAAUGAAUAAAACGUGUGUUUUUCGACUCACAGUAUGGCCGCCAUAGAUGAAAUGUGACUGAGGUAUUAGUCUUAUUCCACUCUGUUAUUCGUGUCAAUGCCAAUACAUACAAAAGAGAUUUUUCACUUGAUAUUGGGUUGUUGGCCGAUUGCUCAUGUUGAAGGGCAAAAAAUAAAAGGAGAGAGAAAUGUCCCAUUGAAACAAAAUCCUAUGGACCAUCAAAGAAAAUUUGACAUCCCGGAAGAGGCUGACAGGCAGUAUUUCAGUCACUCUCACAAAGUCUAGUUUUCAUGACGGAUUGAUCAGAUUCUCAAUCAUUAUGAUCCUGACAAUUUACAAAUAAAUUUCUCCAAUUUCUUUAUCUCUU